AUGGACGACGGCAAACUUGCCUCUUGCACGAUCGAAGUGCCCUUGUUCCCGACGCCAACGCGCCUUCCAGUCAAUGGCUUCAAUGGGUCCUUGCACGACAUCCUCUUUUUCACCCCCUCCUAUCGCCCCGACCCGUACUUCGCAGACCCCUUCAGCACGCCCAUCACCUGGUCGAUGAUUGACGCCUAUGGCUCACGCGUCGCCGUGCAUGCCACAAGCCGUGGCACCUGCUUGGGGUUGCUACUCACAACGCUGCUCUAUGUUCUGUUCAUCACACCACAACAAAAGCGCUGGAAGCGUUUCCACAUUUGCCUCCUUCUUGCUCUCAUCACCAAAGUCAUCGACUUGCUCAUCAUCUGCGCCACGGCAGCCCUGCCCAAUGUCGGCUACUAUCCUUCUUAUCCUUUCAUCACCAAUGAUCUCACUGGCGGCUAUUCGUCAAGCUAUCUCUCGUCCACGCUGGCCCGCGCGCUCCUCGACAUCAUCAGCACGCUCUGCAUGUUCGCGUGCCUGUACAUCCAGGCUAUCGCCACACUUGCGGCAUUGCGUCUGACACACCGCCGAAUAUAUUGGUGUUUGAACAUCUACCUCCUCCUCGCAGCCGUGGCUGUCCUCCUUACACGCCUGUUGCUAUUCGUUACCCGAGCGUACGCCCUGUGUCGGCAGACAUCCACGCCGGGUCUGGACCUUGUCCGCACUGACAGGGCCAACGUAGCCACCAACACGCUCGCACUGCUUAGCUAUUGUAUCGUCGCCAUCUGUUCCGUGGGCAAGAUCCUGCGGAGCCGGCGCAGUAUACUGCUCCAUGAUGGAGGCAAUAAAAGCUACGACAGUGCGCUGGCGCUGAUGGCACUAGUACUGCUGGAGAGUUUUGUGGCACCGUUAGUCUUGACGGUGAUGUACAUUAUGCAAAGCACGCGCGCUAGUUUCGCCACAGCAGAGACGUUCAUAUUGCCAGUCGUCCUGGUAGUUCUGCCAUUCGGGGGGUUGUUUUCUGGAACAGCCGCAUCAGCCGGACGGCGAGAGCAGCAACCUGCCAGGAACGGACGUAGAGACCGAAACAAGCCUAUUACGGUCCCAUCGAUCGGCCCGACCAUGCAGAGCGGAGGGUUUCCAGGAUUGGAGUCGGAGAGGCUGGACUGUGGCUCAAACCAGUCGAAUGCAAGACGUCUAGGGAAUGCGCUGAGUACGGCGAACCAUGAGCUGGCUACUAUCGACGCACUGUAA